UUGUCGCAGCGCUUUUGUUUGUGUUUGUUUUUUGGGUGACAUGCUUCACUAUUAUAUGAUGUUUUGACUUAAAGUUUACGUGAGUAACGAAUUUUUGUUCUUUCAGUAGAAAGUAAGUAUAUCCGAGCACCUGUAUGAAGCAUUGUACAGGUUUGUGCAAUGGACUGCAACAGAAACUUUGAGAAUUUUCCGCACACCUCCCUGGUGCUCCUUUCCUUCCUUCAGCAGAAAGGCUGCCAAAAUAUUGAGCUCAAAAGAGAGCUGAAUGAUCUUGAUGAACAUCUAAAUCUGCCUACAAAUCACAAUUACAUUGAGGGUGAUGACGAAUUACAAGCUGAUGGACACAGUAUCUCACUCAGCUACAGAGAACUUUUACUUGAAUUUCAGCAUGAGGUUCAGCCUCAACUACCAGUGAAUGCUGAAGAGGCUCAGGCAGCAAGGGAAAUGGCUGCAGAGUUGAUUAGAAUUGCAGACCUGCUUGAGCACAGAGUCCUGUCCCAAGCAACUGACAGUUUGACCAAAAAACUGAGCAGAUCUCAGGAGCAGUUUUGGGCCGGUCAUCUGUCUGAUGGAGUGCAGGCCUUACUUCGCCAGGUGGCAGGUGCCAAAGAGUUUAAGAAGGAACUUGUGGAGAUGGCCUUCACAUUUGUGCUUAUGAAGAAUGUUUGUGAGCAUGUGCCUGAAUACUUGUUUCGCCUUUAUGGCACAGUGGUGCAGUAUUUCUUACCAAACAGAUCACACUGAUGCCUGAUAACAUUGUGUUCCAGUUAUACAUUGAUAUGAUGUCAGUGUGAAUAUAUGUGUAUACAUUUUUGCUUUUGAGUUGAGACUGACUGACUUUUUUUUUGUCAAAAGUUUCCUUUCUUCCGUUGUAAUGCUGCCUAAAACAAGUAAACUUUUUUUUACAUUAUAGCCUAAGUUUUAAACUGUAUUAAACAAAAUCUGAGGAAAAAAUUAUGCUUGUUCUCUGACAAUUUUGUUUUGAUCUCUAUCAAAAACAGCAUUCAGUCUGUAUAGGAUAUCACAUGAUCAACCGUCCUUUUAUGUACCACAUUCUGACUCAUAUCAGUCAUAAUAUAGAGGAACUAAACUAAGUUUCAGUCUUUGGUUUCUUUUUUUAAUUUAAGCAGUGUUUCAUUACAAUAAUAAAAAUCAUGCUUAAAUCAGAACACAAACCACCAGGUUUACCCUUGAUGAAAUACAGAUUUAUUUCACAGCUUUAAUCGCAAAAAACCUCACGUGCAAAAGAAAUUGCACUUUUUUCCUCUGACGUCAGGGUUGUCAACCACUAACAAAACAGGUGGAUCCUGUCUGUAUGUGUGACUUCUGCUUAUUUAUUUUGUUGUUUUGACCAGGGGCAGGGUUUGGAUAGGCACACAACAGAGAAAGGAGGGUGACAAGGCUGUGCCGUGCAGGCCUUUUUUAGCUUUUUAAGGACAAA